AUGAGCAUUGUUAAUAAAGUAAAAGAAUCAAUACACAAAAAAGUCAUCGAUAUAAGGAAACGAAGAAAAGAAAGCGAAGAAAAACAAAAGAAAGACAAAAAAGAUGAAAUAAAUUUUGAUGCUUUAGUCGAUAAAAAUGUAAAUGAAUUAAAUAUAGAAAAUGAAGAAGAAAGAGAGAAAAUAAAAGAAAGAUGGAAAGUAAUAUUGAAAAAUAAUGCUAAGAGAUAUGGGAAAAUAUCAGAAGGAAAUAAAAUAGAAAUAUAUAAUGAAGGUACAUUAGCCUUUCGUGAUAUAUUAAAUUCAAUUAAUAAAGGUAAAAGACGUGUUUGGUUAGAAUCGUAUAUUUUUGAUGAUUCUAAACUUGCAGAAGAAGUAGUUAAUAGUUUAUGUAAAGCAUCGAAAAGAGGAUGUGAUGUUAUUUUAUUAAUUGAUUAUAUAGGGAGUUUAAAAAUGAAAAAUAAAUGGGUACAACAAUUAAAAGAACAUGGUGUACAUGUGAUAUUUUUUAAUACAUUUUUAAAUUCGUUUUUUAAUAUGUUACCUAUAUUUUUUCGUGAUCAUAGAAAAAUAUUAAUAGUAGAUAAUACGGCUUACUGUGGUUCAAUGAAUGUUGCUGAAAAUGUAUUUCCCAGUGAAAUGUUUCAUGAGUAUGAGGAAGGGGAUGAGAGAGAGGAGGAUACCGAAGAUUCGGAAGAAAUAAGGAAAAAAAAAAAAAAAUAUAAGGAUGAGAAAGAAGAAGGAAAUAAGAAUAACAUGGUUAAUAAUUUUGAUAAUGACAUUAAUAAAGGUAAUAUUUAUGAUGAUAUUAUUAAUAAGGAUUUAAAUAAAAAAAGGAAAUGUCUAGAAUAUUAUGACUUACAUAUAAAAAUAAAAGGUCCAGCUGUUAAAGAUUUAGCUGAUGUAUUUAUUGAUUCGUUAAAAAUGUCUAAAAGUUUAAUAAGUAGAGAACCUAUAGAAGAGCAAAAAAAAUAUCAAGAUGAAAAUUCUUGUUAUGUUCAAGUGUUAGAAUCUAAUGUUUUAAGAAAAAUUAGAUCUAUUCAAUCAACAUUUGAUUAUAUUAUAAGAAAUGGAGCUACAAAUAAUAUUUAUAUAACAACAAGUUAUUUUCUACCACCAGGAUUUUUAAGAAGAGCAUUAUUUUCAGCUUUAUAUAAAGGUGUUAAUAUUUCAUUCUUAUUUUCAGGUAAUUCGGAUAUAUUUGGUGAUGUUCCAGCUACUUAUUAUAUAAUGAAAAAGAUAUUAAAAAGAAUUGAUAGGAAAAAAAAGGCUUUAUUAGAAUAUAAUAAUAUAAUAUCAAAUUAUAUAAAUUUACAUAAAAGUUUUAUUAGAUAUCCUAUAAUAUUUGAUGAAUAUUAUAAUAAUUAUCAAAAAAAAAAAAAGGAAAGAAAAAAUAAAGGAUCAAUGAAUUUUUAUUUUUUUCAAAAAAAACAUUGUCAUGCAAAAAAUUUAGUAGUAGAUAAUUUAUGGUGUUCUAUUGGAUCCUAUAAUUGGGAUCGAUUUUCAUCAAGAAGAAAUCUUGAAGUUAUGAUAUCCAUAUUUGAUAAGAAAAUCUGUGAUAAAUUUAUACAAGAACAUCAAAAUAAAAUCAUUCAUGAUUCUAUUCAAAUAACAUUAUCUCAACUAAUUAAUAGAAAUUUUCUUCAAAUAUUUAUGAGUUAUUGUGCAUAUCAUCUUGGAAAAUUAUCUGGUAGAAAUAUUUUUGAUGGCUUGUCUAAUAAUAACAAAAAAACUAUACUUAGAAAAGCUAUCAUAAGUAAGUAUUUAAAUGACAAUUGUAUACAAAAUAUAUCUUUAAACAUGAUGUGGGGUGUUUAG